UCUACACAACCAACUUCUCAAAGACAAGAAGGACAAUUAUUACGACUAGUCAAAUGGAACCAGGUAAAAAAUAUAGGGACCCAGACCUACGCUUGAAUGACCAAGAAUGGCUUCGAAUGGAUGAAGCAACAGAUCGUCUUAGUACUUUAGCAGGUCUAUCUACUUUACAAUCAUUAAUGGAUACUAUUAGUAAAGGAAUAAUGGAUAGAAUUAUGCCUUUCUUACCCAAUAAGAAAAAAAAUACUUCUAAUGAUGAUAUGGAUGAAAUUACUAAGGGUAUGAUAGAAUUAUCAAUAAAUAAGGCUAUAGCAAAAGUUGAUACCAUUCAACCAUACAAACUUCUUGCCCUCUCCAAAUUUUAUAAAAACGGUUAUUUGUCAUAG